AUGCAGCUAAAGAAAAACUGUGCUCCAUAUCCUUUAGAAGUGAUCAAAAUGGUGAAGAUGUGCAACAAGUUGGUUGUGAUUUUGGUCGUGGCAAUGCUGGUGUUUUUCGAAGGCUCAACAGCUUUUACCUUUUGCAAAAUGAGUGAUGAUGGUCUAACUGCUUGCAAGCCAUCGGUGACAAAGCCGAACCCUGUCGAUCCAUCCCCAAAGUGUUGCAAGGCUCUUUCUGGAGCUGACUUGGGGUGUCUUUGCUCUUACAAGAACUCACCUAUGUUGACUAGUUUCGGAAUCUCUUCCGAUCUUGCUAUGGGACUACCGGCUAAGUGUGGCAUCGCCGCUCCUGCCAAUUGCGCCUGA